GAAAUUGUGGUUAGGGCACAAAACAGCCAAGGGGUUAUGUCACACAGAAUAUUGGAAUGAUAUAUAAAUAACGGUGCCAAACCUGAGGAAGUAAUAAGUCGUCGUAAUCAUUUUGUGAAGGAAAAAUCAAGUUUUACUUUAUAAUUUUUUCGUCUAGAUAAUUAUUCGAUAAUCUAAGUAUGGCAUCAUUGAAACCAAGAAGCUCCUCUGGAAAAGUUGUACUUGAAAAGUUAACAAAAGAACUUUUUCUCAAAAAUAUUGUAGAAUCGAGAGAAUCACAGGGUGGAACUGAUGAAUUUGACUUCAAUAAAACUCGCUGUCGAGUUUUAACUGACAAUGAAACUGUUAAGGACAAAUCUAAUGGGAUAUUGUACUGGAUGUACAGAGACUGUAGAAUUCAAGAUAACUGGGCCAUGGUAUUUGCACAAAGAUUGGCAAUAAAGCAAAAAGUACCUCUUUUUGUUUGCUUUACAGUGAAAGAUGCUCAUCAACAGUAUCCCACAAUGCGACAUUUCAAAUUUUUAAUAGAAGGUUUGAAGUUACUUAAGAAGGAGUGUGAAUCUCUGAACAUUGGAUUUUAUUUAUUGAACAGUGCACCCAAAGAUUUGGCAAAAUCAAUUGUGGAUAAUAACAUAGGAGGUGUCAUCUGUGAUUUCAGUCCCUUGAAACACCCUAAGAAAUUACAAGAAGUUCUUUUAGAGCAUCUACCUGAUGAUGUACCAGUAGUUCAGGUAGACGCUCACAACAUCGUACCAGUAUGGAAAGCAUCAGAUAAACAAGAAGGAAUGGCAAAAUUUUUGAGAACAAAGAUAACAAAACAACUACCGGAAUACCUAACAGGAUUUCCCAUUAUUAGAAGACACAAGUAUUCAGGAAAGCCUAACUUUAAAAAUGAAAUUGAAAGUUUUGAUAGCGCCUACUCACAUUAUACUCCAAAAUGGGAUGUUCCAGAAAUCAAAUGGGGUGAUGGUCCUGGAGAAAAGGCGGGGUAUUCUAUGCUGCUUGAUUUUAUUCUUAAAAAUCUGAGGCACUAUGGGGCCACUAGCAAUGAUCCAUCAAAGGAUAAUUCUUCAAAGUUAUCACCCUGGAUUAAUUUUGGUUAUGUGGUCGAUAUGUGGUGUUCAUGACCAAGGAUGGAGGGAACGAGAAAUAUUUGGGAAAAUUCGUUACAUGGUCGAUUAUAGUUUGAGACGUAAAUAUAAUAUGGAUGCUUAUUGUGCAAGAUUUGGGCGCAAAAUUCUGGGAGAUUCCAAAACAAAAGCUGCUAUUAUACCUAAGGAGCCGAAAGAAUCGAAGGGAAAAAAUGAAACAAAAAAAGGAAAAGGAAUUAAACGAAAGGCUACUUGAAUUUGAAAUUAUAUUUGAAAUGAAACUUCACAUGUCAUAGACAUCUGCACAAAUUAUAAUUAAUUUGUUUUGAAAUGCAACUGAAUACCUCUUGAACUACCUCACAUAUUUUUACCUGUAUUUUAAGGUUUUGGUUAAUAAAUGUUUUUAUACUUUA